AUGAGAUCGACCUCCACACACUCCACCAGGCUGGCCAGCUCACCCUCACCCUUGUUGACCAUCACGUCUUACCCAAGCCUGACCACGGAGCAGAUGCUCAGAAAGGACCAGAAGACCAUCUACCGACAGGGCACCAAGGUGGCCAUCAGUGCCGUCUACAUGGAUUUGGAGGUCUUCCUGCAGCGGCUGGACCUCCUGGAAGAUCUCAGUGCUUUCUGCCAUGAUCACAGCUACGAUGCCCUGAUCGCCAUGACUAUCUUUUUCAACACUCAAAAUGAGCCAGUACGGCAGUUAGCUGUUUUCUGUCCCCACUCGGCACUUCGAAUGACAAUCUGUGGAGUCCUGGAACAGUCCACCUCCCCACCCCUGAAGCUGACCCCUAUCCCAAGCAUCUCUCCAGACCUCCAAGCCUAUCUUCAAGGCAACACCCAGGUCUCUCGGAAGAAAUUUCUGCCUGUGCUCCAGGAAGCCCUGUCAGCAUAUUUUGACUCAACGAAGAUGCCUUCAGGGCAGCCUGGGGUAGUGGGUAUGUCCAGGGAGCAGGAGGACAAGGAAUUGGACAAGGCAAGUAACUCCCUGAUUUCUGGACUGAGUCAAGACGAAGAGGACCCGCCGCUGCCCCCCACGCCCAUGAACAGCUUGGUGGAUGAGUGCCCUCUGGACCAGGGGCUGCCGAAGCUCUCAGCCGAGGCUGUCUUCGAGAAGUGCAGUCAGAUCUCACUGUCCCAGUGUACCAGAGCCUGCCCAUCAAAUAAGUGACCGAGGGAAGCGGGGCGGGGAGGUGUAGAGGGCUGCUUGCCCACCUCAAAUGCAUGUUUUGAGACGUUCGUCAUUUCACAGCCUGUCCAUUGCUCCAGGAUCUAGUGUACUGUUCUCAUCAAACUGGGAGGGAAAGAAAGCAGCUGCUGUAAGAAUCGGCUUUCUGCCUCUCCUGUCCGGUCUCGACCAGUCAGACAAGUUUUAUUUAAUUUUAUUAUUUAAUCUGCUUUGAUUUUUCCUCUCUUUUCGAUGGGCACGAUGUGAUAUGAUCACUGUCCUAUCAGAGCAGGACUAAAGGAAUGUAGACCCCAUCUAAGCAUCUUUAGAAGGAUCGUGAGCAGAGCCAGUAUCUGUCAUGAAUCCAAUUAACUACUUGUCUCCAUGAAUUCACCAUUUCAUUUUUUUAAAGUUCUUUUUGAGACAGAGACCCAUGUAGCCCAGGCUGGCCUUGAACUCUGUAUGUGUCUGAGGCUAGUCUUGAACUCCUAAUCCUCCUGAGUGCUGAAAUUGUAGUCACGUAUUACCAUACCUGGCUAGUCUCUUGUCUUGAACAUAUGGCUGGAUUUCCUUUCUUGGCUCCUUCUGUCCCAGAAUCACAGGAAGCCCAAAGAGACCCUGGGGAUCUGAGGUUCUUGGGGUCACUUAGCACCCAGGGCAGCUACAGUACCUCAUAGGUACUUUUUGCCAAGAGGGCAGAACUUGAUUGGGCCUUAGUGGGUCUGGCAGGUUCUUGUCUAUCUUUUUCUGGUUUUGCUCACAUUAAAGAAAGCAUAGUGUCUUCUGGUGAGACAUUUCACUGUCCUGGUCUCAUUUUCCCCAUGUAGAUGAGGGUUAGGAGUAGAUGUUCCCUGGUAUUCUGUGACCUGCCUCUCCCUGUCUUCCUUUCCCUCCUCUGCUUCUUUGUGUUUUUCCUUUGUCUCCCCUGGGAGUGCUCAGGGUCACUGGAUUGUGUGUGUUUAUGUGGGAUUGUACCAAGGGACUUAGCCUCAUGUAGCAUGUACAGGGAUAUGUUGUGACCCAGCAGCGAACUCUCCCAGUGACUUGUCUGCAUGUGUAGUCUCUCCCUAACCCCUUUUGUUCAAACCAGCCUCCUUCCCCUCUUCUUACCCCAUAUAAGUUGCAAACAAUAUUGACGAACUGUAGGGUGUGUGGUGGUUUGGGGCAGUCUGACUUCAUUUGGGGUAGGACGUCUGUAGCCAUUGGGAACGUGAAAUAUUGGUGCCAUCACUGAACCAAAGGGAUUAUGUCCUGUGCCUUUGGUACUUGGUUUUGCAUUUUUGUUUUGUAUUAAAUACUUUCUUCCAGUUUGAA